UCCUAAAUUUCUGUCUGAUGGCAAGACAUUCGCUGAUCAAUUGUCGAGUUUUUUUUACUGCCCAAAGAUGACAAAAACAGUCUUGCUUCCCUUUAUCAGAAGUGUGUUUUGGGGUAUCUACCAAUUUUAUAAACUUGAACGCCUUGAUUCUCUGAGAGAAUCAAGGCGUUCAGGAGUAUUGUGUGUUAGUGGAGGUUAUAACUGUGUUUUCCGCAUAGCGAAAGAAAAGAGACACACCCUGGACGGAUUAAACUACCAAGUGGAAGCAUUUGUAGGGAGAAGAAGAGGGGUUCAAGAACUGCGCCUAGGGGUAACCCACAGAAGUAAAGAUGGAUCGUUUCAUGUCAUUGAUCUUCCUCUUCUUCGGACUUUGCAUUUCCUCAAGCAAAGUCCUUUGUCAGUUCCAUUACGUCGAUCUAAAGUUGAACUGGUCGGAUGCUCAGCAUUAUUGCAGAGACAAAUACGACGACCUGGCUACCAUCCAAAGCAUGGAGGACAUAAUCCAGCUGAACAACCGAGUUCGAGUUUCGGGAAAGGCAUGGAUCGGACUGAGCGAUGACCCAAAUUCUUGGUUCAAAGUCAUGGGCAUUGACGCCAAUUCCUGGAGAUGGUCGGAAACCGGUGAAACGAGCCAAAAUGGUUACCAAAACUGGUUUUCCAUAGCACCAGAUAAUAUGUAUUUCGAGUACUGCGUUGGGAUAGAUGGUACCGCAACAUGGAAUGAUGUGAACUGUGACGCGUUGCUGAGUUUCGUAUGUUAUACUGAGACGGGAGGAUUGAAAACCUACGUGCACAUCUCAACCCCGCUAUCAUGGCCCGAUGCUCGUGACUACUGCAGAGAAAACUACAAGGACCUGGCUCUGAUUGAGAGCGAAGAUGAAAACACAAAUGCUUACCGAGCAAAAAAAUCCCCACUUGCUGCUUGGAUUGGUCUGUACAGAGUGCCAUGGGCUUGGUCUGAUAACAGCAGCAGCUCAUUCACAAAUUGGAUAAGUGGAGAACCAAAUGGUGAAAAUGAAUACUGUGUGGCUGAGAAUCCUGGACAUCUGUGGGCAGAUGUUAACUGUGCAGCUAAGCUCCCUUUCAUCUGCCAAGAAGAUCCAGAAGUUAAGUCUGUGAUAAGGAUGGAAUUUCGGACUGGCGCUUACAUGACGGAUCCAGCUAUCAACACACAGCUUCUGGCUCAGCUGGAUGUGGAAUUGAAAAGGUAUGGACUGCCUCAGACCAAACUGAGAUGGAAGAUUCAGCCCAAAAAACAGAAAAACAAAGAACCUCAGAGCAUUGGGGGUUCUUAAUUUCUUUUCCCAGCCAAACACAAAGUCAGACCAAGGCCGCCCAUAAGGAGGGAAAGAGGGGAAAGUUUUCUGGGGCCCAGUUACGGACUGCAUACUAAGUAAAGGCAGCAGGAUUUAAAAAAGUGAAUAGCAAAAGAGUUUCUAAGUAAAGUCAAACUUCCAAAACCAUAAUGACUCAUAAAGAGUGCUUACAUUUGAAUAAUUCAAGACGUUUCCAACAUCAAAAGGUUACCUCUUCUCGAUACCUUAUUUUCAUAUGGAAAUAGAAGCCUUAAAGAAACAUCUAGAUGUUGUGUGUAGUUGGUUUUUAUUGUUGUUGGGUGUCUACAUUUGGGCUUUGGUCUCUCUGUAGUAACCCCUAUUUGGGGCUGGACACAUUGUUUAUGAAUGACACAAUAAUCAAAUCAAAUUAGAAGCAAAAAGUGAACCUGCAGAUGUUUUUGUUUCCAGCAUUGGGCAAUGGCUGGUGAUAACCAUUAAUAACAGGGGAAUAUACAGUUUUUUGUUUUGAUUAACAAUCAAAUCAAUCCGGUAGAGUUAAGAAUGGACUCUAUAGCAGCACAAACUCCCUUGUUUCUUCUUUUGUGGUACUUUCAAUAUAUUUUUGUCCCCUUACCUAUUCCCCUGUUGGGUAGGUUUCCUUUAUAUGAUCAGAUAUAAUCCUUAUACUGUACUUCCCCUUUCUCUUCAUAUUCCUUGAUGUAAUUGUUUUAAUCCCCAUCAAUGUUUUAAUUCCUUCCUAAACUUGCCAAAAUAUAGAUGUCAAUGAACUACCACUGACAAAUAGUUGUUUUGAGGGUGAUAUCUACUAUUAGCCUAAAGUAACUGCAAGCUUGGCUAUUUAUAUAUAUUUAGGGUUUUUGGGCCUUUCUUGAACAGGACAGAUGAAGAGAAACAGGAAAUGUUGGGACGAGAGAGUACGGUAUGAUAUGCAGCAACAGGCUGAGGCCAGAUUCAAACCCAUGGCCUCUGCAAUGAGGACUACACCCUCUGCACAUGGGGCCGGCUUCAUAACCGCCAGGCUAUUGGCACUCAAGCUAGGGUACUUUGUAAUGUAUAAUUAUUUUUGGUGUAGGAUCUGGUGGUGGCAAUAUAAUUAACAUGGAUUUCAUGUUUUUAUUUUAUUAUUAGAUUUGCAUAGCUGAAUGUAUAGUUUAAUUUGUCAAACCCCGCCCUCCUUAGUUACUUUUACUAGGAUUGAAAAGACUAAAUUCCGUUAUUGAUGUUUUGCUGCAGUUUG